CUCCGUCCGUUAACUACAAAAAAUGGCAAAUCUUUUAAACAACCGGUUUCUGAAGCGGGAAACGCGUUACCAAUUUCUGGCAACAAUUAUUGUGAAUAUCAUAACAUUUGCUCAUGGAAUCGGAUUGGGGUGGCUUUCUCCGACCUUGACUAAAAUCCAAACGACGGACUCCCCGCUCGACUUUGCCGUAAAUAUCGAUGAAAUAUCCUGGCUGGGAUCGAUGCUGGGACUAGGAAGUUUGUGCGGAAAUUUGGUUAUUGGCUUUUUACUGGAGCGAGCAGGUAGAAAGUUUUUCCUAUAUCUGCUAGCUGCACCCUACGCGUGCCUUUGGAUUCUGAUUUACUGCGCAUCCAAUGUGUACUUUCUGUAUGCCGCCCGGUUUUUAGGUGGAUUUAUUGGAGGAGUGUCCUACGUAGUUUUACCCAUUUUCAUCAGUGAAAUAGCGGACACUAGUAUUCGAGGAUCCCUGACUUCAAUCCUGAUGCUAUCGGUGAAUCUUGGAGUAUUAGUUGGGUAUAUUUCUAGCUCCUACCUCGACUAUCACGUGGUUCCCUUGGUAGCCAUAUUCCUGCCAAUUGUCUACUUUUUGGCUACUCUGAUGCUGCCAGAAUCAGCUCCCUAUCUCUUGAAAAAAAACCAGCUCACUGCAGCUGAAAUGUCCUUUCGGUACUACAAAAAUCAACGAGGGGCGAAGCAGAAUUCAAUGGAUUCUUUUCAAGAGCUAAAACUAGCAGUGUUGUCUCAGCAGAUGAACAACCGUGCUGGAUUCACAUUAAAAGACUUUAUUACAAAACCAGCUCUUAAAGGGUUUGCAGCAGCUUUUGUUCUUUGCACCGGAUUCGAAUUCAGUAAUGUCUUUAGCUUCAUCAACUAUAUGUCGGAUAUAUUCGCCAAGUCUGGAUCGUUUCUGGAUGUCGACACCUGUACAAUAAUAAUUGGUCUUGUCCAAGUAAUUGGAGUUUACACCUCAACCAUAUUUGUGGACAUCGUAGGACGAAGGUUGCUGCUGCUGAUUUCCACUUUGGGAGUGGGAGUUGGAUGCAUGGCAUUUGGAUGCUUUACAUAUUUUGGAGAACUCCACGAUCUUCACGACUAUACUUGGAUUCCAUUUGUUCUGAUGAUUUUCAUUAUUUAUGUGGCUAAUGUGGGUCUGAUUGGACUCUUCUUUCUUGUGAUUGUAGAAGUACAUCCAGCAAAGAUUCGAUCUGUUGCCACAUCUAUUUCGGUAGCUUGGAUGAGCAUCCUUGUCUUUGUAACGCUGAAGCUAUUUCCAUUGUUACUUCACUUCUGGGGAAUGCCCUACACCAUGUGGUUCUCAGCCAUGUUUAGUUUAGUAACUUUUUUUUAUUUCCUAUUCUUUCUGUCUGAAACCAAAGGAAAGUCUAUGAUCGAAGAGUAAAUAUAAUUAAAAUAUAUUUUAAUGUAAUAGAAACUUUAUUUAAUAAAAUAUUGAGGCCUAGUUUGUGCUCUCGCCAACAGUAGCUGCU